AUGUACGAAGGGAUUGACAACCUGAAAUCCCUUUACGACCGUGCCGGGAAGACUUUCUCCGGCGGUCCUUCUGCGGCACAGGAUGUGCCGCGUCGUACUGCUCAACCAGACCCAGUACGUCGACCAUCAGUUGGGGGCGGGGCUCCCAAGAAUCCCAGGACGGGGGAUAGCCGCGCCACCGGACGAGAUAACUCGUCCGACGUCCGUUCACGUCGCGGUGGUUCAACAGCUGCUCAACUAGAUGGCGCUGGCCACCGCGAGAGUCCUCUAAUGGAGGUGGAGGGGAGGAGGGAAAGACGCUCUCCACACGAUCAUGUGGAUCGGUGUGUUCCCGAGAGCUUCUUUGAUCGCGUAACGCAAGGGUUACGCGACGAUCUCGAACAUGAGCGGAAUAGGCGUCUCCAAAUGGCGGACACUGCCUCGAAGCAUCGAGCUGAGUUUGCCUUUGCUCAGCUUGAGAACGAGAGAUCUCUGACAUCUCUUCGUGACGAGCUAAGGGUAGCUCGUGGGAUUGUUGAUCGGUCUCGGGCUGAGAUAGCUGCUCUUCAGACCCUUGUUGAUGCCCACCAUCGGGAGCACAAGGCUCUCUGCGAGAUGCUUGAGCGCAAGGGCGUUCUUCAUCGGAAGAAGCAGCGUACUGAUGGUACGGCUUAA